CUUCAAUAACAAUCAAUUGUCAGGUUUAAGUUGGCAGAAGAGAAGGGAUAUGCCUGAACCUAGGGCAGGAACACCCCUUAAUGAGAAAUAAGGGGUUGUCUAGUGUUUGUGGCGUUAAAAUUGAACCAGUGGUUAAAUUUAGAAACUAAUUGUUUUAAGCAUGUCUGAGUCUUGUUCCCAUCUGUCCACUCACGUUUUAUGAGCUUCUCACAGUGUUAGAGCAGAAAAAUGAGGCGUUCUCUUGUUUCCAUUCAGAGGACGAUUUGUAGCGAUGGUUACAUGGGGGCGUCAUUGUUUUUUCUUGAAUGGGCUCCUACAUUGUGAACAAUAUAAUUAGCUGUUGUCUCAAGGAGGAAGUGUGGUUAGUUGUUUUCCUCAUACAGCUGUAACCAUGAAGUGAAAAAUGUUAAGAUUUAUGUGGAAUAUUGUACAUGUUUCACCAACAUAACAGUAUUUCUGGUACAUCUGUUGGACUUUCAUGUCGUCUGAAAAAUAAUUGACCUACAAAGUAUAAUUAAAUAUCAAGAAAGUGGGAUUUUCUUUCACCACAAUGACAUAACUGGUUAUAAGUCGUCACCUUUAGUAGAUGGUGGGCGAGUUAAUACUUAUUUAUUUGCUUCCUUUGACGUAAACAAAAUGACAGAAGUUAUUCUUAAACUCUUCGAGACAAAUGGCUCUAAAUGAUGGUGCAAGAAGGCGUGAUCAUGCUGGUGGUGUCUGAAAUAUGUUUUGGUUUUUGUCAUCCACACAUCACAUUCCUUGUAAAUGUUUAUUAUGUGGCUUUGAGGCAGGUCCUGAACGGACACUUGAUGGUAUAAAAACUGAAUCCCUAAACUAAAACAUCAGCUUCAGCUCUGCCACAGGGAGGACUAAUACUCAGAUGAUGGAUGUAGAUGGAGGAACUGCAGUCUUCAGUGAUGCUUAGAGAGACCCAAAACUUGUUUAUCAGUUGAAAAGUUAUUAUUUGACAGUGUAAUGGAAAAAGACCCACACUGGAAAAUGGAAUAUAGGCUGGAGUUAAUGUUGCUUCUUGUUCUGUUGACACCAGCUUCAUCCGUUGCCCUGAGCAGAGAAGAAUUUACAGAAGCGGUGGUAUAUUUAAGGCAGUAUGACUAUCUGCACAUCCCACUGGACAGUGAAGGCCAAAACCAUCCACCUGAGGAGAUAGCGGAAGCCCUAAGAAUCUUUCAGAAAGUGACAAACCUGCAAAUAUCAGGUAAACUAGAUUCAGCCACUCUGGCGAUGAUGAACAAACCUCGAUGUGGACUACAGGACUCUUUCAAUAACAGAUCUCUUAAAUAUCGAGUCCUGGGUUACUGGCGCAAGAAGAUGCUGACCUAUCGCAUCUAUAAUUACACCCCUGACUUGGGUCAAGGAAAGACCCGUUUGGCAAUCCAGAGUGCAUUCAAGUACUGGAGCGAUGUGUCACCUUUAAAGUUCAAGGAGUUGCAGCAAGGAAGAGCAGACAUCAAAAUCUCCUUUCACAGAAAAGACAAGACGUGUCCAGUUCCCUUUGACGGACGAGGCCAUGUUUUGGCUCACGCUGAUGCCCCCGAGUCAGGCAUUGUGCAUUUCGACAACGAUGAAGUGUGGACAGAGGGGAAGAGCUCCGGCUCCAACCUGAGGAUUGUUGCAGCCCACGAGAUUGGCCACGCUCUAGGCCUGGGCCACUCACAAUACUACAGCGCACUGAUGGGACCUGUUUACAACGGAUAUCGCUCCGACUUCAAACUACAUCCAGAUGACAUCCAAGGGAUCCAGGCUUUAUACGGAAAGCCAGAGAAGACUCCUCCAUCCAGAAAUCCAAGUCAGUUAUUGCCAGGAGUUAUUCCAGAUCCUUGCAAGGCCUCUGUGGAUGCAAUAAUGUUGGGUCCUUUGCGUAAGACAUAUGUCUUCAGUGGUCAGUAUGUGUGGACGUUGUCCAGCUCUGGCUACAACACUCCCAUCUUAAUCUCUGCACUGUGGAAGGAGCUGCCAGGGAGCCUCAAUGCAGCUGUUCACUCUCAGCGGACCAGCAAGUCCUAUUUUCUGAAAGAAGACAAAGUAUGGAGAUACACUGGCUUUAAACUUGACCAAGGUUUCCCCAAACGCUUGGCCAAUAUCCCGGCUGAUAUUGACUCAGCCUUGUACUUCAAUAAGAACAAACAACUUGUCUUUUUCAAAGGCUCUGGAUACUGGCAGUGGGAUGAAAUUGGUACGACAGACUUCAGUUCAUAUCCCAAACCUAUUGGAAAACUCUUCCACGGGGCACCUAGCAACCCUAAUGCUGCAUUCACAUGGACAAACGGACAUAUAUACUUGUUUAAAGGCACACAGUACUGGCGUGUAAACCAGAACCACCAAGCAGUGGAGAAGGCCUACCCUCUGAACACGGCCACGCACUGGAUGCAGUGUGACGACUGAGCCACCAGAGGCCACCGGGGAUUCAACACAAACGUCGUCCUGCACAAUGAUUCAGUAUAAGAACUGGGGGGGGG